AUGAAGCCCUUUAGGCUGUCGUUACCGAAUGGGGCUCACCUUUCAGGCAUUCUCUCGGUGCCGACCCGAGCCCCAACCUCGACGGCAACGCCUGCCUAUCAACCCUUGGUCGUUGGCAUACACGGUGGGACAUACUUUUCAAAGUAUUUCGACGCCGGUACCACCAACUCCGCCCUCCGGCUGGCAGAAACACUGGGAGUGCCGUUUGUCUCCAUUGACCGGCCGGGCUACAAAGACAGCACGGAACUGCCUCCGGUGUCAGAGGGAUCCACGUUCCUCCAGGAAGAAGGCAGAUACCUCCACCGCUACAUCCUCCCUACCAUAUGGCAAGAGUUCGGGACCAGCUCUGGAGCAACCACCGUCGUCGUCCUCGCACACUCGUUGGGCUCCCCAAGCGCUAUCGUGGCCACCGCUCUCCAUGCCAAGGAACCUCAACCUCAGUAUCCUUGUGGAGGGCUGAUCAUGUCCGGCUGGGGCACGGUUCAUGGCCGUCCACGCGCCAGUGCACAACAUAUUGUGGCGAACGGGGUCGUCGACGGCCGGAUUGCUUGGCUGUUGGAGUUGAAAGACGGCCCAAUGUUUGGGGAUCCCCGCCUGGGACGAGUGUCACGCGAGAUCCGGGACAUGGGCGAGGAGCUGAAUACGUCCAUGUCCCUCGGGGAGUUUGCUGACGGCUCGUUCCAGUGGUUGGAUUACUGGCAGGAUUAUGCGAAGGAGAUCAAAGUCCCGGUCAUGUAUGGCCUGGGGGAACAUGACGCCCUGUGGAAAGCCUCACGGGAGACUGUCCAUGACUUUGCCCGGGAGUUUCGCGGGAGUCCCAGGGUCGAGAGCGGAAUCGUGCUGGGAGCACCGCACUGUAUCGAGUUGAGCUAUUGGGGACCAGGCUGGAUUUUGAGGUGCUUGGGGUUCGCGGCUGAGUGUGCGGCUACUGAGGGCGUGAGUCGGAGAGCUGCAGCAGCAGCAGGGGCUCAAGCCUAG